CUUUAACAUCUGUAUCUGUGGAAAUGAAACCCGCAUCUCUGAUUCAAAGGAAUGACAUGAGACCAAGCCGUAUAGCGAUUUUCCCUUAGAAGUUUGCGUAAUGAUACUAAUUGAUAAUGACGAUCUGACGUUCAUAUUUUUGAGGUAUUUGAUAUGAAUAGGAGACAUAGCUCUAAGGGAGCAACCGCUCAUAUCUAACGGAUACUUCAAAUCUUCCUUGUCCCUAACUACGACUUGACUUGUCGGUGCGUCACGAUCAUAGAGCUGCCUGACUUUAGUGUCUACGUAGAGUUUUCUUGCUUGAGCUGGAAUAUCAGAAGCAGGAAAAUGUAAACCAUGAAAUAUCUCUUUGCAACACUGCCAAUUCAUCAAUUCACUUACGACAACGCCAUUGGCUUCACUGUCAAACUUAUACAGUAACGCACGAUCAAAACUAGUGAUAUCCUUAGCAAUUCCGACUAUAACAUCAUAAAGAUCUUCGACGGAUUUUUCCGCUGCUUCUGACAACUGCGCGUCGAUAUCUUGACAGAGUGUGAUAACGUCCAAUGAACUAAUACCGUCAGGAUUGUUAAUAUGGCGUCUAAUUUUUGCUUGUAAGUGGUUUCUGUUGAGCUCCUCUUUCUUUAUUGUGUUUUCGAGUUCUCCUGAAUUUUCUAGUUUGUUUCUCUCUUCCUGUAACUUCGUAUCGAACGCCUUCUGUGUUCUAGCUGAUCGUUGGAGAACUCUAAGUGGACGAGACUUGCUAAUCGUUGAGCGUCUGAUCUCGUGGAGAGUAGCGAAGCCAUCUUGACCGAGCGACCAAUAAGGUUCAUCGUUGUAAUCUUCAUUCGUUUCGUCUUUGUCAGCAGAUUUAAUAGUUGUGAUUCCUUGAGCGUUAUCUACAGGCUUGGCAGUCUCAUUGGUGCUAUCCGUAUUUGUUAUAGUCUUUGAUAUGUCGCUCAUAUUCUUGACUGUGUCUCCACUUGACUUACACUCUUCUUUAAUUAAAUUUAUUGGAUAGAGUGGAUGAAUAUCUUCGUAUAUUCUGGGUACUGAUGUUGUACUUAUUUGUUCUUUUGCUGCUGGAUCAUGAAUGGGUUCGAACUCUAAUAUUAUCCUUGGUUUUUUACUUCCAGAGGAGAAAUUACCUAUUUCGUUGUUUAUAUCAUUUACAGGUGCUGUGUUAUUCGCUAGAUGAGCAGUGCACCAACAAUACCAUCCAUCACCUUUCUUUCCUCUACCCGACAAGGGAAAUGUAUGUAGUAAAUCAGUUUCUUCAUCUAACUCAUAGAGUACAUCGUAGAGUUUUCCUGCUCCAUCAUCUUGCAACACCUCCAUAAAGCUAUCAAGUUGGAAUAAAUCGCGUACAGAUAAGCCACCAAGGUGCUUAUUAACAUUUUCUGAUGCUUGCACGACCCUUACAUUGCUAUCAUCAUGUUCGAUAACUAACAAACAUCCGAAAUUCUUUGAAAAUGGUUAGCUGAGGUGUGUUGAGUCGUUAUAAACCCACCUGUAUUGUUCCGGGUGUCGCAAUGGGCUCGUCUUCGCAACGUUGUAAUUUAUCUUGUCCAACUUGCAUAUAAAAUCCAUCGCUAGUCUCUUUAAGAGAGAAAGCAGGGUACUUAGGUAAAGUGGUUUCACUAGUGAUUUGACUAGAAGUUUGUUUUGCUGUGCUGGCGUCAUCAUCAGUAUCUUCUUGCUGGGCUUUUUUACGACUUGUUUCGAUAUGUGUCUGCAUUGCUUCUGCAGCUGUGCUUGUGCGAUACUUAUAAUGGGAAGAUGAUAAAGAUGAUUUAUUGUCGUCGUCGCCAUAAUCUGCACCAACAGACAUGCUGGCGCCACUACUAACAGCAUCAUCCUCUCGCUGUUUCUCCUCUUCGAGAGUUGGAUAAUCUUCAACUGGAUCACCUGUUGCUACCAACUGAGACGGGCCUGAAUUUUUUCUAUCUGUGCGCUCUCCUGUAAUGUUUUAGGGGUGUUCAAUAAAAGAUUUGUCAACUUACCAGGUAAAGGGAGAUUUGGGUCAUCCGUGGCUACAUUUUGCUCUAUUCUUUGUGGAGUGGAGUCUGAGUGCGAUUGCUUCGAAGAGUAGUACAUUUCACUGCGGAGAUCGCCAGGACGUCUGGAAUAAAUAAAUUCUUCUGAGGACGAACCAGAAGGUAGAUGUUUUGACAUUGUAUCAGACUGACCCUGUUGGCUUCCCGAGCUGCCACUAGUAUCAUCUUCCGGCAGAGAUGACCCCAAGUUGGAGUUCUCUUUGGGAGAUGAUGGGAAUAUAUAUCCAGCCAUCAACUAAGUUGUUAUUGAAGUGCUAGAUUACUAUCUUUAUGAUUCGUUUUGAUAUAUUUCGGCGUAUUUUUAAAAAGUAUACUUGAUGACUGUAGAUAACGAUAAACCAAAACCGAAGAUUUGGAUGAAUUUCUUAAAGAUGGCGUAAUAUAGUCAGAGAUAAAUUCAUAAGGUAAUAUUAUAGUAUAAUAUAGUAUAGAUAUUUAAGAUUCUAUUUGAAUGAGUAAUUAUCCUGCCUUUCAACAUCCAUGAAUAAACAAUUAUUCCACAAGUUCGACGUCACUUCACAGACGUUUUAUAGGAGUAAACUAUCAGCUGCAUUCGUUAAUUUAAAGCCGAUAGUACCCGGACAUGUUUUGGUUAUACCACAGAGAAACGUAGAUAGAUUCACUUCUUUGUCUCCGGAGGAAGUGUCUGAUUUAUUUCAAGCUGCUCAGCGUGUUGGAAAGGUUGUAGAGCAUGUUUGGAAAUCGACAGCUCUUACUUUAUCAAUACAAGACGGCGUUGACUCAGGACAGACAGUUCCUCAUACCCAUAUACACGUUUUACCUAGAAGACCGGGAGAUUUUCCUACAAAUGAUCAAAUAUAUGAUGAAUUACAGAAGCACAACAUUCAGGGAGAUCUAGAGCAACUUGUGAGGGAGAAGAAGCUUAAAAUGGAUUCUGACCGCCAACCACGUACACUUGAGGAGAUGAAUAAGGAAGCAGAAAUGCUGUCCCAGUAUUUC